AUGGCGGACGAGACACCCACACAGGGUAGGAGCAAUGGAAGGCACUACAAACCACUGACACCGAGCCCGAGCCCGCAACCUGCCCCCCCUACUACCGCAUCACACCCCAUACCACCAGUCGCGACGUCUUCCGAUCUCCCAGCGGGCCCACAACUGCUGCCGCUCAACCGUUCCAUGCCCAAAGGCGGAUAUUUGGAUUUGUCUGGGUCACUUCUCUACCCCAUGGCGGACCCGCUGAUCCAAUUCAACAUACCGGAGGCGUCGAGCUCCUCGGCAACAACCUGGGAUCAUACCACCUUUCUUGUCAAAACCCCAGUACCCCACCAGAACCUUGUGUUGCCGGAAGAUGAUCUCAACAUUGAUCUUGGCGAAGACGACCCGAUUGACACUGUCGAAACUGGUGGCGAUCUAGGUGUAAAGAGGAAGAGACAAGAUGACGACGAGGAGGGAGACCAGAGCUUCGAUGAGGCGAUAGGCAAAAAGACCAUGGAAGGGGACAAUACAGAUGAUAAGGGUGAAGCUGUUGGUACGAGCAAAGAAGACGUCACGAUAGUGGCCAAAGAAGAGGGGGCUGGAGGAGGAAAGGAUGAGAUGGGCGGUACGGGAGAAGAGAAACCCCGGCGAGAUGUCAUGGAAGAAGGCACUGAGGAACUGGUAGUAGAGAUCGAUGCAGAGGGUCAGAAAGAGGUCGAUGGCCUACUACUCCAGGCGCUAGAUGAGAUGGUGGAAGAACCAGACAAGGAAGCGGACGAUGAGGAAGUAGCUGCAGAGUCGCCUCUGAGGGGGCCAGGAACACUCCUCGACCCAAGUCGUUACCCAGAGGCUGCUGGAAGUGGCUCCAAUGUCGUCGCAGGCAGGGCAGCCACUACAGCGACCGUACCGGACGUAAUGCUUCCGAACGUUCACGUCAACGAGGUCAACAGCGGCGAGGCGAACCUUCGGGGUUUUCUCCAGGGAUGGCGCGAGGAGCUGGCAGAGGAGGUGAAAAGCACAACAGCUACAUCAUCCGCGCCUGGGAAGGAGACGGCAUCAGCAUCAGGAGGUUCGGUUCGUGACAGUGGUCCUCGUGUGGGCUCUGCCAACCAAGGACCAGUGAUGAAGAAGGCUAAGAAGGAGUAA